AUGCUAGAGAAGGCGACCCAGGCACAAGCACCGACGGCGGAAAAACCGCCGUCCUCCCCCGGGUCUUCCGCCGUCCUUCCGCCGUCGGCCCUUCCGUCGGUCCUUCCGCCAUCGAUCGUCCCGCAAUACGAGCGACUGUUCUUUGUGUCGAGGGCUUUAGGUGAGGAUGAGGGGACAGCGCGGGUUUUAGGAGGAGCGGACGGGACAGCGCGGGUUUUAGGCGGAGCGGACGGAACAGCGCGGGUUUUAGGCGGAGCGGACGGAACAGCGCGGGUUUUAGGCGGAGCGGACGGGACAGCGCGGGUUUUAGGCGGAGCGGACGGAACAGCGCGGGUUUUAGGCGAGGUGGACGGGGCAGCAAGGAGUUUUGCAGGCGACGAGAGCGAUGAGCCUGUAGUGCAGAACGAAGCCGCCCUGUCUCGCGCUGAUGCCGAUCGGAACGCCACAGUCAGUGAACGCGCUACGGUCGAUGAGCGCGCUACAGACAAUGAACGCGACACAGCCAACCUGGGCGCUACAGCCGAUCGGGCUGCUACAGUCACUCACGACGGCGAUAAUGUAGCUGGGAGGGAAGCUACAGUAAUGCACAGCGAUGCUGCUGCAGCGAAAGGAGCAGAUAAUUGUCGUGAAGAUGCUGUAACGAGGGAUGCUAAUGUCGAACACUUGACGCUAGAGGAGAGUGGCACAGUGUCUGACGUGGAGCAUGCACGUGCUGACGUUAGCGUUGCCAGAGCUGACGUGGAGAACACUGGGGCUGACAUAAGCGAUACAAGGACGGACGUGGAAGAGUCGAGAGUUGGCAUGAACAUGGAAAGUGCAAGGGCUGAUGACGUGGAAACGACAAGGGCCAGCGUGGAACAAUCUAUGGCGGAUGUUGAAGUGGAGAGUGACAAGGUGGAGGAGGCAAGGGCAGUCGGACCGGCCAGAGGGGACGGGGAUGGGGCGAGUGAUGCAGGGGCGGAGGCUCGCGAUGGGGUGGAGUGCAUGCGGUGUGGCGGUGAGGGGCACGUGUUUGGCGAGUGCUGGCAGCCGUACGAACCUGCUGACCUAGCGAGGGUGCAGUGCCACGUGUGCCUGCAGUGGGGCCACCUGGCGUGCGCUGACCUGGCAGACCCGCCGCCCAAGCCGUCAUGCUGCUGCUGUGGCGCCAGGGGACACCACGGCGAGGAGUGCCCCUCUGCUCGCCGCUUUCACUCCUUCAAACUCGUUACAGACAGCCCCGCCAGCAGAUACAAGGCUGCGGCUGCCAAAUCGCCUGCUAGUCAGCUGAAGGCAGCGGGUGCGGGCAGAGGGUCAGAGGGACGGAGGUGCUUCCGGUGUGGCGAGGCGGGGCACUUGAUCAAGGACUGCCACAAGUCUGAUGAUAGCGGGGAGGAUCGUAUCAAGGAUAGUAUCAUGAUUGCCGCCCACUUUGACACCGGGAGAGGUGGCAAGUGGCAGCAGGGGCAGAGAGGGCAGUGGGGGAAAACGGGGCAGCAAGGAAAGAGAGCACAGCACAAGCGGUUCUGGGACAGUGAUGAUGGUAGCCAUGGCAAUGGCAAUCCCGGGGGGCGUGAGUAUGAGGAGGAAGAGGAGGGCGGGUGGAGGAACAAGAGGGGGGCAGGGCAGAUGAAGGAGAAGAGACGUGGGGGUUGGGAGGAAGCGGGAGAUGGGCAAGGUGGGAAGAGAAGGAAGCGGCAGCAAUUCGAAGGGGGGAGGUCUGCUUGGGAUGAGGACGAGGAUUCAGAGGAGGAGCUAUGGGGAGGAGGCGGUGGGAGAAGGGGGGGCAGAGCGAAUUCCAGGGAGGAUGGAAACGGUUGGGAGGGUGAGAGGGGGAGGAAUGCAGAGGGGUGGAGUGGAGCGAAAAGGGGGAGGUGGCGCAAGGGUGGUGGCGAGGCGAGGGCUGCAUGGGGGAUGGGGACAGGGGGCAAGCAGGGAGGCGCUAAGGGGAAGGGCGGAGGGAGCAAGAAGGAGAAGGGGCCAGGGAAGGAAGGAGUAACGCACCAUGCUGUGGCUGCUGAGGCUGCUGAGAUGAGGCUGCUGAGCAGAGGCUUUAAUGCAUGGAGGGGAGAGGCAGCAAUAGCAAUGCCCCUUCACACAGCGCUGUGCGCAACUGGCUGGGCUCAGAGGAGCCCAGCGGGUCUUGAGGAGAAACUUGGACCUCAAGAUGCUGCAGUGGGAUAA